AUGUCCCAUCUCGGCGCACGUACCGUCGACGCAUCGCGAGAUCCGCGAUCCGCGCGCACGACCGCGUACCUCGCUCUCGCCUCUGUCGCUGCACAGCCGCAGUGGUACCAUGUUGGCUCCGCGGCGCCGACAAGCAUCAGGCGCCAUGCGGAACCGCCUGCGCCCGAGCUCGGUGACCCCGCGCUGACUUUGCCCUCAAGCUCUUCUGCCCAGCUACUCCCCGCGUCGGACACGGGAUUGCGACGUGUGAAGAUGGCACAUACCGGUGUGCGCGACCAUACACGACCGCAUCCUUAG